AUGCCUGGCCUUACAGAGACCGCGACCACAACCACAACCACAACCCCAAGCACCAAGCCAGCCAUCUGCAUAAUCGGCUCUCUAAACAUCGACUUCGUCACCAGCACCCCGCGCUGCCCAGGGCCCGGCGAAACGCUAACAGCAACCUCCCUUACCGUGACAGCGGGCGGCAAAGGCGGAAAUCAAGCCGUCGCGUGUGGCCGGGCCUCGUUCACCGCAAAGCAAAGCCAAGAUGUAUUGAUCAGCAUGAUUGGCGCCGUCGGCGCAGACGAUGUGUACUACAGCACGCUCCUCAAGCCAGCGCUGGAAGCAUCGGGCGUCAACACCUCGAACAUUGAGGAGUCUCGGGAUGCGCAGACGGGGUCAGCGAGUAUUAUUGUCGAGGAAGACAGUGGGGAGAAUCGAAUUCUUGUUGUUCCUGGUGCGAAUCAUGCUGGGAUGAUGGGGGAUGUGGAGCAGAUUGUCAGUGCUGUUAAGGAGACGGGGGAUGUUGGGCUGGUUGUGAUGCAGGGUGAGAUUCCGCGAAAGACGACACUGGGAUUAUUGGAGUAUUUCAAUGGCGGAGCCUCUGCCUCUGAUCGAGCGCAUGUGGUUUUCAAUCCGGCGCCUGUAUUCCCUGAAGGGAUUCCAGUGACUGCGUUGAAGGGGACGUCUGUUUUAAUUAUGAAUGAGACGGAGGCUGUUCAAAUGUCGAGGUCUAUUGCUGGGCUGUCGGUUAAGGAUAUUCCUACUGAUUUGGAUGGUUUGAAGCCUGAGGAGUUGGCGUCGAGGUUUCAUGAGAUGGCGGAGGUGCAGAUCGUGCUUAUUACUCUUGGGUCGAAGGGGGUGUAUUUCUCGACUAGGAAUGGCAGGACUGGAGCUGUGAAUGGGGUCAAGGUUGCGAAGGUGCUUGAUACCACUGCUGCGGGGGAUACGUUUGUUGGAUAUUUCUCAACGGAAUUGGCAAGAUUUCUGGCAAAGGGUUCUUCGUUGAAGGAGUUUGAUGCGGAGAUUGAAGGUGCUGUACAGAAGGCGAAUGCUGCGGCGGCGAAGACUGUUCAGCGAUGGGGUGCGGCGCAGAGUAUUCCCUUUGCAUAUGAUAUGGAAUGA